UACUUGGGAAAAUGUAAUGUCCCAAGUUGUAAUAGUGAUCUCAUCACUUCAUAAUAAAGCAGCAGGGAGGACAGCAGACCAGGAGAACAACCAGAGGCAGAAAGACAGAAAAGAGGAGGAGCGUAUACACUCAUUGCGUCAUUUGUUAGUCUCAAAAACUGCUUUAUUGUCCACUAGAGAAUCCCUUCGAGGUUGUGUAUAUAUGCGAGUGUGUUGGACUGGACUCACAAGAGAAAAAGAGACACAUCAUACAGAGAGAAGAUUUUCUCACAGCAUAUCUUCAACUGCUCAACCAACAUGUCUCACCCAGGUCAGGAAAAAGAUGAACAAAUGCAGCGUCCUGAGAUGAGCAACGAGGACCUGACUGAAACAAUGAACAGACUGGGAAAGAGUGGACCAGCAAAGAGCAAGACAGUCGAAGUAAUGGAGGAGUGCGAGAAACUUGGUAAAGCUGCUCCCUCUGUGUUCAGUGGGGCAAGGUCAGGAGUGGAGACUGUUUUGAACACACGCUCAGCUCGACCAAUCAGGAAGUAGCAUUGGACUUCCUGACCAUGGUUGGACAACACUUGUUCCACUUCAGGGGAUUGAGAUCAGUUGUCCUCCAGUUUGGGUUUUGGAACUCAAAUCUGUUUGGUCAUGGUGUGCCUUGGCACUUUAAAGUGAUAACAUCCUUAAACAAAUAAUUUCUAUGUACUGGUGAGCAACUUUUUCAUUUUUAAAACAAUUGUUUUAUUCAACCAUUAGUGCAGUUUCUGUAACUGCAGCAUUCAUUCAGCAUUUCAGGUUGCAUUGUUAUGAUACUGCAUUCAGUUAUUGCAUUGGAGACUAGCAAGACAUUUUAUUUCUUAAUAUAAAAAAGAAAUCUUUUGUAAAACUUUCACAACUUCCGUCUCAUCCACCCUGUUUUGUUGUAAGUACCAGCAAUAUUGUAAAUAUCCAAAUAAAUGUAAUAAACCAUUCCAAAAAUAUUACAGAAAACAGCCAACUCGUGUUUUGCUUUUUAUUCAAAAAAUUACUUUAUGAACGGAAUGAAUAAAACUAUUAGAACAAAGGUACUGCAGUAGUUGAGGCAGAGACACUAGAAUGAACCAUGGUGUGGAGGAAGAA